AUGAGUUUUCCAACAUCUGCCGAGGGAAUAACUAAGCUCCUGCGUGCAAAGGAUACUUCACCAGAUGAAAUCUGUAACACUAUUGCAGGAUUUACUAAAUUGGAUUUUUUCUUCCCUAAUAAAGAAAUCUUUGUCCUUGAAUUGAUCGAAGAUAGAUGGAAUGACCAAAAGAAAGUAGAAUUUAAAAACAGUUAUCAAAUAUGGAAUAUUUUCAAUGAUAUGUGGUUAGAAGUUAACGAUGAUGUCAUAUUGAAGAAGUUAUUUAAACAAUUAAAAUUUACAGCUCUCUUACAACAUGUCCUUUCAUCGUCGGAUAUCGAUGCAACUGAAAUGGCCAUGUCUCUUUUAAAGACAUGUAGAUUGAUCAAUGCUACAUCAACAGUAGAGAUUUCGUUUGAGCAGUCUUGUUCAAUAUUAUCCAAUACCAUUUUACUCGUCUUAAAAACAGAUCUGUCGACCUUUAAUGAUGAAAAGAGAAAUUUACUUAUCCAAGAAAUAAUAACUUUAAUUGGAUUUGAUAAUUUGCUAGAAAUUAACCAUAAAUUAUCUAUUGUAUUUUGCAAUGAAUUACUUCUGUCAAUUCUCAGAUAUUUGGCGUACUGCAAUGACAAUAACACAGUAGACUCUAAUCAUAACAUGGCCAAAAAAUUUUCUACUUACUUAGGGAAAUACCUUUUCGGGAGAGAUAUUAACCCAUUACUCCUGUUGGAUAAAUUUUUCCAGAGAAAUAAGAUUAUGAUUGGUGACAGUGUUGCAACCAUUUUGUUUGAGGAAUCAAACAAAUAUGUAGCAAAAAAUGAUUUCACGAAAUUAGAGACUAUUUUUGAAAAUAUUAUUGCUGUCCAACCGUCAGUUGUAGUGAAAUUAUUACAGUUAUUAUCAUCAUCCAAGAAGACUAUGUCCCAUGAUUUUCUUGAAAAAUUAUUCGUUCAAACCGUAGAUAAUGCGAGAUCAACCAAUAUAUAUGACUCUACAUUUUGGAACCUACUGGGUCAUCUUUUAGAGUUAGAUUUAGAAAUUGGUAUUCAGAAAUCGUCAACUUUAAUGAGCAUAAUAGAAGAACAAAAGGCAUCUCCACCAGUUAGUGAGGUCAUAUUUGAUAUUUGGAAAAAAUUCUUAAACUGUUAUAUCAAUGCCAGAGAGUAUCCCAAAUUCCUAAAACUAUUCGAAAAGUAUUGUUAUGAGAACAAAACGAUGAUAAACACAUCAAUUUUUCUAAUUGAUCAGAGAAUAACUCAUGAGAUUAUAAAGAACAUUGCGACUUUGUCUAUUAGUCAGCUAAAGGAGACCUUUACUGCUAUGGUAGCCAAAGUCACUUCAAUUGAAGUCAGUGAAAUGACUACAUUAAUUUCCAAAAUCUAUUUGAAGAGCUUACCCUUAAUUUCCUACAUUAUUUUGCCUGAUUUAAAAGAAAUAUUCUCACCAUUAUUUACUGAUACUAUCGAGAGUGGUAGUGAAAUAUGGGAACUUAGAUAUCUUGUCAUGCAAAUAUAUGACGAUAUCAUCCCAGAUAAACUACUUUCUGUUGUCGCAAAAACUGAAAUAACUAGUAUUUUCAAAAUGGAUAAUAAGCUGUCUAGGGACCAACUAUUUUUUAUCCUAAAGUUGAGAGAGUACAAAGAUUUCGAUAUUAGUAUGACUGAAUCAAAAUUACUACAAUAUUUAGAAGAUAUCGACGAUCUAACAAAAAGGGAAACAUUACAAGAAUUAUUUGUGAAUUGGUCAUCCCUUAUGAAUAGCCUAUUUUCUAGAGAGACAAUUUCGAAAUUAGUAAAUAUAUUAAUAUCAGAUAAUUGUAUUUCUAUAUUAGAAGUACUCUUUGGAAAUGACGAUAUAUUUGAAGAAAAUAAUGUGAUGAAUAGUUUAGUCUUCUCUUUGACAUCCGAGGAUUCAAUAAACAGAACAAUUCCAUAUCUUCUACAAAUACCACUUGAAUGUCUGAACAAGAAUGUCAGAAUAUCAUUAAUCAAUAACAUCACAAAUAAAAAUAUGAUACGUGACAUAGAUUUGAGAUUAUUAGACCAUUUAUUAUCGAGCCCUACUUUUAAAAGUCAAAUAGAGAACCAUUUUGAUACCCUCUUAAAAAUCAUGGAAUGUCCUAAACUAGCGACAACAAACGUUGAGUCUGAAGCAAAUUUAAUUUUUGAGAAAGUGUUGAGAAACCACAUUUCGCAAUCUAAAGAAAGCAUCAGUAGAGAUUUCCUUCAGUUGUUGAAAAACAAAAUUAUGAAUGGUAUUAAUAACGAACGCUUUAUCGAAGCUUACUUUACGAUGGCUGUUUUGUUUAUACAAUGCACAAAUAUAAAUGAUCGUGACUCCUUAGUUAACCUGUUUAUUGAUAAAUCUACUGAGUGGAUCUCGAAGUUUAAUGCCAAGAACGAUGAUUUUCACUUAUCAUUGGUUGCUAAUAAAUUAUAUUAUGCGUUAAAGGAUACAGAUAUUUCAAAGGAAACUUCAACAAGAAUUUCUUCUUUUAUUAGAGAGACAAUGAAACAUUCUCAAAUAUCUAUGCAACAAAUGACUACUUCUUCUCUUCCUUUGUUUUUACUGUACACAUUUUCUUUUGACGAAAGACUGGAAAUUAUAUUUUCACAAUAUUUGAUACUGAGGGACAAUGGUAUUUCCAAAACUGAAUUACUUCCAGCAAUCGAAAACAUUGUAACUAGGAAAAGUCUUACAGACGAAAAUGGAUUCAACAAUGCCUUAAUAUCUACUAUAGUUUCAUUGAAGGAUGAAACGACCAAUAAAAUAUACCGUGCUAUCUUAGAACUAUUACAAGUACAAAUGAUGCACAUCAAUAAGGAAAAUAUCAUAGGUCCUAAAUUAUUUGUCAAAUUUAUUUCGGAAGUGUUUACUAAUAUAACACAUUUUGAAGAAAAUCCGCAAGAUAUUUUAGAAGUUUGUAACCUCAUUUGUGAACUCCAAGUAUCAAAAUCUUGGAUUUUCUCCCAAUAUGGUAUUGAAAUUUUAUUUCCGUUCUGCUUAAAAGUUAAUUUAUUAAAUAGAAUUAACAAGUCUCAUAAGGAUAUGAUAUUCAUUGCAUGCACCAAGAUAAUUUCAAAUAUUCUAAAUUUCAGUAGGAUCAAGGUAUCGAAUCGUAAUAAUCUAGUUAACAGUCUACUUUGUGAGUAUUUGGAGUUGAUUUGCAAUAGUAAGAAAUAUGGCCUUUCAGCCGAGUCAGCAACUGCGUUCUCAAGAGUGGUCGUAAAUUACUGUGAGCCUUCAAAUGCUUCAUCAGCAAGAACAAGAAAUAACAAUAAAUUAAGUUCAAAUACUAGUGUUUUCAAGAAAACUGUUAGAAAAUAUAUUCCUGCGUUUCUAAUAAAAUACAUCUACUUGUGCAUUUCUAGUACAUUUGAUGAUAUAGUUAGAAAGUGCAUAACUCCUGCGAUAUAUGCAAUCUUGGAUCUAAUCUCUCAAAACGAGUUAAAUAUGAUAAAUAGAGUAUUGGAUAACUCUGGCAGACAAUACUUUAGAGUCCUAUAUGCAGACUAUAAGAAAUUAGGUAAAUGGCAUGAAAGUUAA